UUAUUGCUUCCGGAAUGAAGCGUCACGAGAUGUCAAUUGCUGAAGUCAUAUGACAACAAUGGCAAACUCCUCCGUUCCAGAAGGUGUUUACUUCGAAUUAUCUCCGACGAUAGUAUGGAGUGUUCGCAUUGUUAAUGCAGCUGUAACGGUGCUAGUAUUGAUCACAUUUAUAUUGUGUGUUGUCAAAGGCAAUGACAAUUCAUCCUACUAUCUGCUUGCUUGCAACACUCUUAUCAGUACCUUUGUUGGAAUAGUCAUCAACUGGUGGUAUCGGAGAGGAGAUCUGGGAAGUGAGUUGUUCUGGUACAUACUGGUGGUUGGAUUUGUGCUGGCAUUCCAGUGCAUUACUGCUGAUAUUUUCAUCUACAAAGUCACAACUCCAGAACCAACACCAGCACCUGUCACCAAUUCCACAAGAAUAUAUACAUGGGCAUCAUUUCGACCUAAUAAUUCCCUUGUCCAGAUUGCUGAGCAUGUUUUAUCUAACUCUUACACCCCAGUCCCAUGAGUAGGUUGUAUGGAUGAUUUGAGUGUAUCAAAUUUUGAGAAUGAGAUAGGAUUUUAUUGAUCACUCUUUAUACAGGAAUCCAAAGAGUAGGCAAUCAUUUAAAAAUUCUUAAAACUAAUGCCAUACUUUAACACAUUUCUUGUUGAUAAACACAUUUCUGUUACCAACACAACAGUUUUGACAAGAAGAUUUCACUGAUGAAUAGGUCUUUUACCCUCAGCUGUACACCUAAGUCUUCUGCAAAUUCUGUCAGGACAAUAUAACUUACAAAGGUGACUAAAUUUAUUCAGAUAUGUGAAAACUCAAAAUUACGUUUUAGUUUUGUAAUGAAGGGUAUUAAAAAUUUUCACACUAUGUCUGUGCUAUGUGCCAUCUGAUUGUUUUUAAUUAUUCUUGCAAAUGAUAUUCAUUACAACAUUAAAAUAUAGCUUGCACAUUCACUUUCGGGCAUGUAUAGUGCAUGCUUAAAAGAUUGUUCUUCGUUAUUAUAGUAACAAUGGGAAAUUAAUGCAGAUGAUUUUAUGAUAAAUGUUAUUCUCAGAACAUGAGAGUGCAAUGUUUUUGAGUGUGCAUACAAGUGUUGUCUCUACAAAAAUGUGCAUAGCUAUAGAUUUGUGAUAACUUUUCUUUGAUUAGACAGCUAUAUUUUGUUUAUAUUCCAGUGCCUAAAUUAUCACCAAACUGGAAUCAUCUGUAGCAUACUAAACUUGGAAUAGACAUUGUUUAUACUGGUGAUUAUAUUUUUUGACAUUUUUAAUAACUUUUAUAAGUGUAUUUCUAUAAUGCAUGAAUCAUAUUAAUAUAUGACAAACCACAUAUAUAAAAAAGAUGCUGAUGCACAUGUGUGCUGAAUGCGACAGUAAACAUUUUGCAAAUCUUGUGUUAAGUAUAAUUCUUGUAUUAAUAUUCUUGUAUUUUAUAAAUUUGCUUUUCUAUUAUUCACUUGAACACAUAUAUGCUUGAUCUCCAAUGGUGCGUCUCUAUUUCAUUAGCACCUAUAUGUUGCACAUAUUAAACACGUUGUUUUGUGUACACUUAUGUAGAUGCACAUUUUAAUAAGGGUAUACUUCUGGAAAGGAUAAACUUGUCGAACAUUGCAAACGUGGUUUGAGUUGAGCUCGUACUAAUGAAUAAAAAAAAAAAAAAAGACCACAUUAA